ACAAAAUAAAAACCUCAACAAAAUCCUGUAUAGUCUGAGGUUUACAUGAGUCCUCAAUAAUCGGAUUUCUUUGUAAAUACGUAACCUAUUCCAACCCGGAAGUAAACCCACCGUGAUAUAUGGACGUGACGUCAAAAUCUAGCCGCUGUUUAAAAACAACAACAUGGAAUCUGUAUUCUGGCCGAUGUUAAUUUUGCAGUUUUUAUUGCUGCAAUUAUCAUAUAAUGCUGCCCUUCUGCAAGCGGUCUCCAUUUUAUUACAAAGACGUAGGCAAGCGUUUCUGGAGCGCGCGGCGGCUCUCGGGCCCAGUGUGCGUCUUCCUCCGUUACCGACAAAAAGCCGCUCGUGCUGGAUGCGCGUCCGGAGUCGGGACUGGUGGGAGAGAGUGGUGCUGCAGGAGUUCUCAGACGCAGAAUGGAGAGAGCAUUUCAGGAUGUGUCGCGGAUCUUUUGCGAAACUGUGUGACCUGAUGAAAGACGUCAUGAGCCCCGGGGAGAUGACCGUGCGACCCGCGAUCCCUUUAGAAAUGCGGGUGGCCAUAGCGCUGUAUAAGCUCGGCGGCUGCGGGGAGUACAGGUCAAUCGCGUACCGCUUUGGUGUCCAUAAGACGACGGUGAUGAAAUUUGUUUACAUGUUCUGUAAAGGCAUUGUAAACCAAGCGAUAGGACACUUCGUCAACAUGCCGAGCCUGCAGGAAGCCUGCUCCAUCGCUGAGCGCUUUGAGAGCAAGUUCUGUAUUCCUCAGGUUCUCGGAUGUGUUGGUUUAACCCACAUCCCUGUCCUGGCUCCCAGUGAUGGCUACAUGAAUUUUCUCAACCGUAAGGGUUGGACAUCUUAUGUGCUGCAAGGCGUCGUUGAUGACAAUUAUUGCUUCUGGAGUGCGAGCUGUAAAGUUCCUGGAGGUGCCCAUGAUGCCACUGUAUUUAAGCAAUCCCAGCUGUUCAACAUGGCUCACCUUCUUCCUAAGCAUAACUGUGACAUCGGUGGAACACAAGUCAACUUCCUUGUUCUUGGUGACACAGCCUACCCACUCCUGGAAUGGCUCAUGAAGGCAUAUACCCCCAGUCCUACUCUAACCCCUCAGCAAAAUUCCUUUAACGUUUACCUUAAUGAUGCAAGAGCUGCAAUGGAAAUUGCCUUUGGGAGGUUGAAAGCAAGAUGGAGGGUUCUUCUGAAGAGAAGUGACUUCCACUAUACCUUUUCACCAUAUGUUGCAAUUACUUGCUGUGCGCUGCACAAUUUCUGCGUAAGGGAAAACGAAUCUUUCCCUCAAGCCUGGAUGGAAGAGGCUGCUGCUUUGGAGAGAGCUGUGCCGCAGCCAAAGAAACAGCCACAUUCACAAUCAAAUAAUGCUGGUGAAGCUGUAAGGCGGGUCCUCACGGAAUAUGUGGCCAGCAAUUUUCCUCUUCGCAUGCAAGAACAAUAAACAGGGUCUGAUUGAUGGAGGACAUUGUGAAUAUUUACUGAUUUUUUUUUUUACUUGGUUUGAUAUGUUUUCACUUAUUAUGAAAAUGUAGCUUUUUAGUAAAGCAUUGCUGAGUAAUUGCUGCUUUUUAAUUAAGCAUUGCUGACUGAACACUGAUUCCUGACAUUAAUGACCAAGUGAUGUUUUUUUAUUCAUGAUAUUCAAGUUAUUCAUUCUUCUAUUUUGUGUAGCACUUCAGUGAAUGCUGAAGAAAAUUUUCUACUGAACAACUUUUCCUCUUUCCUUUACAAAACUUGAAUUUUUAAAAGUACUGAUGCACAAAUAUGUAACAAUGUACUGUAUACACAAUGUACACCUUAUUUUGAUCAUAAAUCGAAAUACAUGCUGUUUGUUUAA